UGCUGUUGUGUUUGGAAGAAAUGAUUAGCCUUGAAAUUUGUUGUUAAAAAAUUGCUAGACUUGAAUCAUCAACUCAAACCCUAUUCUUGAAUUCAACUGUCAAUGAAGUAACUGCAUUCUAUUGAUUUGGUUGUUUGUGGGGUUUAAUGGAGAAUUGAAACAGAGGAAAUGCUUCCUUUGAGAACUCAGAUGCUUGGGUUCCUCGUCAAACCAAAGCUUCUUCUUUUAACAAGAAUGAUAUUCACUUCAAUUAGAUGUUUUGUGGGCAUGGCAUCUCAGAGAAAUUCAUACGAUUAUACAUACUUGUUACAGCGUUGUAAAGGCACCAAAACCAUCAAAAGCAUACAUGCCCAGAUAAUUAUUGGAGGGUUUGAGGAGAACCCAUUUCUUGGUGCAAAGCUUGUGGGCAAGUACGCCCAGUGCUAUGAAUCAAACAUCGAAGAUGCAAGGAAGGUGUUCGACUGUUUGCCUGACAGAGAUGUUUUUGUGUGGAAUACGAUCAUUCAGGGUUAUGCAAAUCUGGGUCCUUUUAUGGAAGCACUGAAUAUUUAUGAAUAUAUGCGAUGCAGUGGAGUUGCUGCAAACAGGUAUACCUUCCCUUUUGUGUUAAAGGCUUGUGGUGCAAUGAAAGAUGGGAAGAAGGGUCAGGCUAUUCAUGGGCAUGUUGUGAAACAUGGACUUGAUUUGGAUCUGUUUGUUGGAAAUGCUCUUGUGGCAUUUUAUGCCAAAUGUAACGAAAUUGGGGCAUCGAGGAGGGUGUUUGAUAUGAUCUCUGAGAAAGAUAUUGUAACUUGGAAUUCAAUGAUUUCGGGCUAUGCCAUUAAUGGAUGUGCAGAUGAUGCUCUUGUGCUUUUCCAUAAUAUGCUGCAAGUGCAAGGUGAUACUGUAUAUGCACCUGAUAGUGCUACUCUUGUUGCUAUUCUUCCUGCUUGUGCACAAGCAGCAGCCAUCCAAGAGGGCCUGUGGAUUCAUUCUUAUGUAAUAAAGUCAGGCAUUGAACUUGAUGCCGCUUUAGGCAGCGGUCUUAUUGCAAUGUAUGCAAACUGUGGCCUUUUGAACAGUGCCCGGGAUGUAUUUGAUCGGAUCGAUGAUAAAAAUAUUGUGGUCUGGAAUGCAAUAAUAAGGUGUUAUGGAAUGCAUGGCCAUGCAGAUGAAGCUCUCAAAAUGUUCUCUGGGCUAAUUGAUAGUGGUUUACAUCCAGAUGGAGUCAUAUUCUUAUGUUUGUUGUCUGCAUUUAGUCAUGCAGGGAUGGUUGCAGAAGGAAUGGAACUUUUUGAGAAAAUGGGGGAUUAUGGAGUUGAGAAAAGUUCUGAGCAUUAUGCUAGCGUGGUAGAUAUCUUGGGUCGAGCUGGGUUUCUUCAUGAGGCAGUCGAGUUUGUUAAAAACAUGCCCGUGCAGCCAGGGAAGGAUGUCUAUGGUGCCUUGCUUGGUGCUUGUAGAAUACAUAAUAAUAUAGAACUUGCAGAAGAAAUAGCAGAGAAGUUAUUUGUUCUUGACCCUGACAAUGCUGGGCGGUACAUAAUUCUUGUUAAGAUGUAUGAAGAUGCAGGUAAGUGGGAGAAUGCAGCAAGACUGAGGAAGGCGCUGAAAGAGAAGAAUAUCAGGAAGCCACUUGGAUGUAGUGCAAUUGAGUUGGGUUGUGUUCUCCACACAUUUGGAGUGGAAGAUAAAUCUCAUCCAUUUAAAGAUCAGAUUUUUGACACAUUGGAAAGGUUGGAUAAUAUAAUGGAGGAAGAGGCCGGAUUGUUUGAUAGGUUCCCUUUGGUAGAAACCAUCUAAUGCUGUCCACACCCCAUCCAUUGCCAUCCACAUCCCAUUGUAACAACAACAAACAACUAGCUGCCAUUGUUCAAGACAUUCUCAAUAGAUUUAACUUACUGGAA